AUGAGCGCCGUGGGUAGCGAGGUCAAAGUUGAUACCGGAGCAGCCAUUGAAGAGCAAUUACCACAAAGAAGUCCGCGAAGAAAGAGGUUAUGGAUUAUUGUUGCAGCCGUUGUUCUCCUGUUGGUGGUGGUGGCGGCCGUAGUAGGCGGCGUUGUUGGAUCGCGACAUCAGCACAAAACCACCACAGCCUCGAAUUCUUCAAAUCCUUCUUCAGAUUCUUCUCCAACUUCUUCUUCGACCUCUUCUUCAACCCCCUCUUCUACUCCGUCAUCGACGUCGCCAAACGCUGCCUAUUCUAGUUCAAGCAUUGCAGUAACUGGUUGGUGGACAUCCACGUCCAGCUACAGUAUCCGCCUCUUCUAUCAGGGAAAAGACGAACAUCUACGUUUGAUAGGCUACGACUCCACAGAUGGCAUGUGGUCAACAGUAACAACCCUUACCGGCCCGACUCUUAGGCUGGGUAGUCCGAUUGCAGCGUGCAAUUAUAACUCUACUUUGUAUUUCAGUUCUGCGGUAACUUCUACAAAUAAUUUUACUCAAAUUGAUAUUUUUUAUGUGGACAAAUUGGGCCAAAUACAAGAGUGGGAGGUCCUAGAACAGAAAGUGCCUACCGUUCAAACCUCUAAUAUUAACGGAACAAUCUCCUCUCUCGGCUUGAAGCCAGCUGCGAAUUCGAGACUUGCAACAUACUGGCCUAGCCUUAUUUUCCAAGACGAACUUAAUCAACUACAAGAGACUUAUUAUACCACAAGUAACAAGUGGCUACAGAAUCCUCUGAAUCUCCCGUCCCAAAACCAUUCAGCACUGGUAGAGGUCGCCUAUUCGACAAGCUCAGCAAGGCAAGGCGGCGGAAAUUUCAUCUAUCAGGGUGAUGACCAGAAGCUCCUUGCCGAGGGGAGAAGUAGCUCCACCGCAUCAUUGAAAGCGGAUGCACCAACAGUUUCUAUCCCAGCCGAGUCUCCCAUUGGGGCCUUCUCCGUUCCACGAAAUUCACAGGCAAACAGCCCUAUGAAUACUUAUACUUUGUGGCAAAAUAGUACUGGCGGUAUUCAAAUAACCUGGAUGGAUGAUGAUAAUGGCUGGCAAACUACAUCAACACCGGAUUCAUUUGGAAGUCCCGAUAAAGGCACAGAUAUAGCUUGCCUCACGCCAUCUGCUUACUCUCUCACCCCUUUACAGCCUAAAUACGAUAUGGCCCGCUGCUACUACUUAGUAGAUGGGCGAAUAAGAGAAGUAAAAUACGAUGGCUCAAAUUGGUCUGUUAUUGGAAAUGUGCCAUUGGGAUAA